AUGGAACAAGAGAUGCAAAUGAUUGACAAAAAUGGGACUUGGAUACUGGUUGACAAACCAGAAGAAAGGUUUUUGAGGAGUGCUAAUGAACCUACGUUGUAUGUCUACAAAUCAAGUGAACUGGUUAGAGUGAUAAUCUCAUUAUACGUGGAUGACCUUUUGAUUACUAGUGUUGAUGACAAUAUUCUGUCAGAUUGCAAGACAAAAUUGAUGAGGGAGUUUGAAAUGUCUGACUUGGGGGAGAUGCAUUAUUUCUUGGGACUGCAGUUUAUUCAAAGUGCAGAUUCAAUUUGUAUUCAUCAGAAGAAAUAUGCUACUAAAUUGUUGAAGAGGUUUCACAUGGAGAAUUGUAAGUCUGUUGAGACUCCUCUCACUUCCAACAGUAAGCUGAGUAAAGAUGAUGGAACUCCUAAGGCUAUUUAUGCAAAACCUUCUCAUAACCACUACUUGGCAGCAAAGAGAGUCCUGCGGUAUAUUAAAGGGACAGUAGAUUAUGGUUUGAGAUUUGAGAAGGACAAGAGCAGUGAAUUGGUUGGUUUCUGUGACAAUGAUUGGGCAGUGAGUUUGGACGACUCUAAAAGCACAUGA